GCGGGAGGGCUCUGCUCCCCUCCCGGGCCCUAAAGCCCGGAGUUUGGGUUCCAAGGGUGAGAGAUUUGCAUAUCUGCGCCUCACUGGGGCCGAGGAGGGACAGCAGGUAAUAGGGGAAACCUGAGGGAUAGCCAGGUAGCCGGGCCCUAGACCGCAUCGUCUGCUGGUGAGCUGAGGGGAGCCUUUCAGGAGUGAGGGGUAUCUGUGAUCCUGGCCCCAGGACAGAUCCUGGGGGCUGGGAUGCUGGGUAAAGAAGGGUGAUGUGUUUGUGUGUGGGGUGGGGCGGGGCGAGUCAGUGGUGGUGAAUUCCUGUUGCUGACAUCUGCUUCAGUAUCUCUGAGUCCUUGGGACCCAAUUAAGCUGCCCUUUGGGCUUGCUUCAUCGCUGCAGGGGAGCCCCGAAAGCACUGCCAGGAUGUGGGUUUAGUCCUUUAUGGACACUGAGUCCCUGUGCCCUGGACAUUCCCUCUUAUUGGCUUUAUGAAUCUGCGUAUUAAGCCAAAUGUCCCUGUUUGCUUUGGAAAACAUGACCAUGGUAUUUAUGGGUCGGCUUCCCUUCCCCUUGGAGAUCAAGCACUUUCUCUCUUGACCAGUAGAGGGCAGUCACUGACAGGACGAAGCGGGGUGGGGGUGGCGGUGCAGAAAGGUGGCUGUUUUCUGGGGCUGGGAGAAGAGGUCCAGGAGCUGGCCUGACCUCUGACCCCUGACCAUGCUUUGCUUUUCUCCACAGCCUCCCGCAGCUGGAUUGCUGAGCAAGCUACUGAGGCUUGUUCUUACCUGAUGUUCAAGGGAACAGGCAGGCAUGGGGUUCUGGUGGAUUUGGGGCACAUCUUUCAGGGGGUGGCUAUAAUUUUCAGUCUGGCCAUUCCAAUCCAGCAGUCCCCCAACUUGCGGUAGAGGGAAUAAUCCUGCUUAAAUUGUCCCUUGAAGUCAGGUCCCUGGAUCUCCUUCAGAAUGGUGCUUUGUGGGAAAUAAGCAAUAGGCUUCUCUGUGCUGUGGGCAUUGUGAGCCAGCGUUUGCGGGAAGGUCAGCUCCAUUGUGACCUUGACCCGACCUCAUCUUGUCCAUUAGCUCUGAUUCCAUUCUCAGACUGGUGAUUCACUGGCACCGAAGGGAGGCUGCACCUGGCUGGCCUCACAAGCUUUGGGUGGUGGUGGAUGACAUGACAGGGGGAUGGGAAAGAGGACUGAUUGCUGGGGGUGUCCCAUUUCCCCCCUCCUUGAGUCAGAUCUGGAAACGACUGUCCCUGCAGGCACCUCCCUGCCAGGGAGGUCAAGCACUGAGAGAGAGGCCCUGGAAAGAGCCUGGGAUGCUGACUCCCCAAAACUCAACCCCAGCUGCCUACUCCACCAGCCAGCUGGGACUCCCAGAGCUGGUGGCCAGCUGGAUAGGGACAAGAGAGCAGUGUGCAAGAAACAGGGGCUCCCUGGGCAUGGCUGGGAGGGGGGUGCUGAGGGAGCCUGAGAGGACUUCCUGCAGCUGUCAGGUGUGUCUGGGGGCUGUAGCGAGGGGGGUAUAAGAGCAGCUGGCGCCCUUGAGGAGGGCCAGAGGGAUCACUUGUCAGCUCUAGGAAUGUGUAGGUUCCACGGGGGCUUCAUGGGGUGACUGCAGUUCCCUCUGGCUGGGGCUGUUGUCUGUGUGUGUAGGUGCUAUUCAGGAGACAUCCUAUGGCCCGGAAUCCUCUAGCUUUGGCUGGGGGCAUCGCAGGGUUUAGGGGCAUAUUUGUGUGUUUUGAGGGGGCUUUGGAUCUUGGCCAGCUGGACUGGGAGAUUCUUCCCCCCACCCCGGCUCUUGGCUGGACUGCCCCGCUCUGGCAGGCUGCCGGACUCCUAUUUCCGUCGGGCACCAGGGUAACAGGGCCACAUUAGGGCCUGAGCCAGGAGACGCCCAGCCAAGGCUGGGACUGGGAGAUGGGGGAGGGUCUCCGAAGGGUCUGCCUGCAAGGUCCAGGAACGACUCUCUGGUGUCCAAGCCCCCAGCUCAGGCUGUGCACUAAGCCCUCACAGCCCCAGACAAGCGCUACGGGGGCCUCUUUGUAUAUUGCUGCCUGAUUGACCUAGCCCCCACCCUAAAAUCCCAGGGGUUGUCUGCAGCUCUGGGGGCUGGGGUGGAAGCCAGAGACAGGGGCCUUGUGUGCGGGGAGGAGGUGGGGGCAGCGCGGGUGGCUGGGAGGAAGAGUACCCCCAUUCCCGCCGCCCUCUUGGCAGUGAUUCAGAAAGGUCCUUUUUCAGCCAGUGUCAGAGCUGCUCAGCUGCGGAGGGAGGGGGGAGGGAGGCGGGCUGGCGGGGGAGCCAGGGAGUAGGGCUGGAGCCGUGACCACUGCGCUGGAGAGAAGACAGAGAAACACGACUGAGGACCCAGGCUGCAGUCAACUGAGAGAAGAACUAACUCUCUCCUGCCAGGGUAGCCAGCUGUGGAAACAGCUGUAGAGCAGAGAAAAGGGGACCACCCUAUUCUUCUGCUCCAUUUCCCACCCCUGGUGUGGGAUUUGGGGGGUCUCUGGGGCAGACCUCUGGCCAACUUCACUUCUGGGCAGAACCUGAAAUUCAGGAGCUGAGACCACUGCCCACCCCACCUCCCUCGGGCCAGAGCCCCGGUGACCUGGUCAGGGGGUCCAGCUCCGUGGAGAUGCCAGCAGCUCGUCGGUUCCCUGGCUUAGAGCUCUCCUUCCCUCUUCUUGCCAGACUCCGGCGGAGACUCUACACAAGGCUGGGGAGCAGCAGCAUGCAGCCGGAGGAGGGCACAGGCUGGCUGCUGGAGCUGCUGUCCGAGAUGCAGCUGCAGCAGUACUUCCUGCGGCUCCGCGACGACCUCAACGUUACCCGCCUGUCCCACUUUGAGUAUGUCAAGAAUGAGGACCUGGAGAAGAUUGGCAUGGGCCGGCCUGGCCAGCGGCGGCUGUGGGAGGCUGUGAAGAGGAGGAAGGCCAUGUGCAAACGCAAGUCCUGGAUGAGCAAGGUGUUCAGUGGAAAGCGGCUGGAGGCUGAGUUCCCCCCUCAUCACUCUCAGAGCACCUUCCGGAAGACCUCACCCACCCCCGGAGGCCCAGCAGCGGAGGGGUCCCUGCAGAGCCUCACCUGCCUCAUUGGGGAGAAGGACCUGCAUCUCUUUGAGAAGCUGGGAGAUGGCUCCUUUGGCGUGGUGCGCAGGGGCGAGUGGGACGCCCCCUCGGGGAAGACGGUGAGUGUGGCUGUGAAGUGCCUGAAGCCUGAUGUGCUGAGCCAGCCAGAGGCCAUGGAUGACUUCAUCCGGGAGGUCAAUGCCAUGCACUCGCUUGACCACCGAAACCUCAUUCGCCUCUACGGUGUGGUGCUCACACCGCCCAUGAAGAUGGUGACAGAGCUGGCACCUCUGGGAUCGUUGUUGGACCGGCUGCGCAAGCACCAGGGCCACUUCCUCCUGGGUACCCUCAGCCGCUACGCUGUGCAGGUGGCUGAGGGCAUGGGCUACCUGGAGUCCAAGCGCUUUAUUCACCGUGACCUGGCCGCCCGCAAUCUGCUGUUGGCCACCCGUGACCUGGUCAAGAUCGGGGACUUCGGGCUGAUGCGAGCACUACCCCAGAAUGACGACCACUACGUCAUGCAGGAGCACCGCAAGGUGCCCUUUGCCUGGUGUGCCCCUGAGAGCCUGAAGACUCGCACCUUCUCCCAUGCCAGCGACACCUGGAUGUUUGGGGUCACGCUGUGGGAGAUGUUCACCUAUGGCCAGGAGCCCUGGAUUGGCCUCAAUGGCAGUCAGAUCCUGCAUAAGAUUGACAAGGAGGGGGAGCGUCUGCCCCGGCCCGAGGACUGCCCCCAGGACAUCUACAAUGUCAUGGUUCAGUGCUGGGCUCACAAGCCAGAGGACAGACCCACCUUUGUGGCCCUGAGGGACUUCCUGCUGGAGGCCCAGCCCACUGACAUGCGGGCCCUUCAGGACUUUGAGGAACCAGACAAGCUGCACAUCCAGAUGAACGACGUCAUCACCGUCAUUGAGGGGAGGGCUGAGAAUUACUGGUGGCGUGGGCAGAACACACGGACGCUGUGCGUGGGGCCCUUCCCUCGCAACGUGGUGACCUCUGUGGCCGGCCUGUCAGCCCAGGACAUCAGCCAGCCCCUGCAGAACAGCUUCAUUCACACAGGGCAUGGUGACAGCGACCCCCGGCACUGCUGGGGCUUCCCUGACAGGAUCGAUGAACUGUAUCUGGGAAACCCCAUGGACCCUCCCGACCUGCUGAGUGUGGAACUGAGCACCUCCAGACCCACCCAGCAUCUGGGCAGGGUGAAAAGGGAGCCUCCACCUCGCCCUCCUCAGCCUGCCAUCUUCACUCAGAAACCAACCUACGACCCUGUGAGUGAGGACCAAGACCCCCUGUCCAGCGACUUCAAGAGGCUGGGCCUGCGGAAGCCAGGACUGCCCCGUGGGCUGUGGCUCGCGAAGCCCUCUGCCCGGGUGCCGGGCACCAAAGCGGGCCGCGGGAGCAGUGAGGUCACGCUCAUCGACUUCGGUGAGGAGCCCGUGGUCCCGGCCCCACGGCCCUGUGCGCCCUCACUGGCACAGCUGGCCAUGGAUGCCUGCUCCUUGCUGGACAAGACCCCGCCGCAGAGCCCCUCGCGGGCCCUGCCCCGGCCCCUGCAUCCCACGCCGGUGGUGGACUGGGAUGCGCGCCCGCUGCCCCCGCCUCCUGCCUACGAUGACGUGGCCCAGGAUGAGGAUGACUUUGAGGUCUGCUCCAUCAACAGCACCCUCGUGAGUGUAGGGGUCUCUGCUGGGCCCAGCCAGGGCGAGACCAAUUACGCCUUUGUGCCUGAGCCGGCGCGGCUCUUCCCUGCCCUGGAGGACAACCUGUUCCUCCCGCCUCAGGGUGGGGGCAAGCCGCCCAACUCAGCCCAGACCGCAGAGAUCUUCCAGGCGCUGCAGCAGGAGUGCAUGCGGCAGCUACAGGUCCCGGCCGGCUCUCUGGUCCCCUCGCCAAGCCCGGUGGGCGACGACAAGCCCCAGGUGCCCCCCCGUGUGCCCAUUCCCCCGAGGCCCACACGCCCACGUGGGGAGCUGUCUCCAGCCCCCUCGGGCGAGGAGGAGAUGGGGCGGUGGCCUGGACCUGCCUCCCCUCCCCGGGUACCACCCCGGGAGCCCCUGUCCCCACAAGGCUCCAGGACCCCCAGCCCCUUGGUGCCACGCGGCAGCUCCCCGCUGCCACCCCGGCUCUCCAGCUCACCUGGGAAGACCAUGCCCACCACCCAGAGCUUCGCCUCAGACCCCAAGUAUGCCACACCCCAGGUGAUCCAGGCACCUGGCCCCCGGGCUGGCCCCUGCAUCUUACCCAUCGUCCGUGAUGGCAAGAAGGUCAGCAGCACCCACUACUACCUGCUGCCUGAGCGCCCACCCUACCUGGGGCGCUACCAGCGCUUCCUGCGUGAGACCCGGAGCCCCGAAGAGCCGACCCCCAUGCCUGUGCCCCUGCUGCUGCCCCCUCCCGGCAUCCCAGCUCCUGCUGCCCCCACUGCCACCGUUCGACCAAUGCCUCAGGCUGCCCCAGACCCCAAGGCUAACUUCUCCACCAACACCAGCAACUCAGGGGCCCAGCUGCCAGCCCUGAGGGUCACUGCUCGGCUGCCACAGAGGGGCUGCCCCGGGGACGGGCCAGAGGCUGGACGGCCAGCAGAGAAGAUCCAGAUGCUGCAGGCCAUGGUGCAUGGGGUGACUACAGAGGAGUGCCAGGCGGCCCUGCAGAGCCACAGCUGGAGCGUGCAGAGGGCUGCCCAGUAUCUGAAGCACCCCUUGGCCCCAGUGUGUCCCACGGCACCACCCUCUGCUCCUCAGGUGGAGCAGCUCUUUGGUUUGGGUCUGCGGCCGCGAGGCGAGUGCCACAAAGUGCUGGAGAUGUUUGACUGGAACUUGGAGCAGGCUGGCUGCCACCUGCUGGGCUCCUGCGGCCCAGCCCACCACAAGCGCUGAGAUGUCUGGAGACCCAGAGGAUCUGCCCCGAAGGAAUCAUUUGAGCCUGUCCAUCUGACGAGGGUGGGGAGAUGCCCUGCCAGGCCAGGAGGACCUGCUGCACCUGCUGCCCCCAGUGGCAGAGCGAGGCCAAGGCAGCAGGAGGCUGGGAGCCCCGCCUUGCCUGUCCCUCCCUCACCCAGCGCUGUCCCUGCAACUUCGGAGCUCUCAGUGCACCCAGCCGAGGUGCAGGAGGGAGCCUUUUGUAUGCAGGCCUGGGGGUGGCCUCAGAAGGCCCUGUGGCUGACCUGCCUCUGGCUUCAGUCCCUGGUGGGGCCUGUAGCUGAAAUGUGUUGCCAGGCCCUGCCGGCGGGGAAGCCAGGCUUGACACCGGGCAGGGAGGAUGUGUUGGCCAUGCAGAAAGGUGGACCAGCACCCAGGGCGUGGGCCGGGGUGUCGGACGGAAUGUGACUUGUGGCCUCACCAUGGACAUGUUAUGGAACUUGGCUGGUGUUAGGAUCUUGUGCCUGGAAAUAGCCUGAGGUGGCUCAGGUAGCAGAGCUAGGGUGCCAGAUCGUUCUCUGGCAGGGACCAGGGCCCAAGGCCCCAGGGUUGGAAGGAGACCAAGGGGGCAGCUGCCCUGGAGGGACACCAGUGCUUCCUCUGACCCAGCUCUUCCCCUGUGCUGUUCUUUGUUUUCCCACCAGCCUCUUGCCAAAGUUUCUGCCCCGGCUAUGAAUAUCUGCUUCUUCCAGAGAAAUAAAGUUAGUUUCUAUUUUAUGUUA